GGCAAACCGCCGGAGUGGUUGGGUUCUGCAGGCGUUGCUCUUUGGGGAAGAUGGUGUCGGUGCUGCCGCGGGUGGAGAGGCUGUCCUCUCGGGUGAUUCGUGUGCUGGGCUGCAACCCGGGGCCCAUGACCCUGCAGGGCACCAACACGUAUUUGGUGGGCACCGGGCCCAGAAGGAUCCUUAUUGAUACAGGAGAGCCGGCUGUUCCUGAAUAUAUUGCCUGUUUGAAACAAGCACUCACAGAAUUCAGCAUCUCAAUCCAGGAAAUUUUGGUGACACACUGGCAUCAUGACCACACCGGAGGCAUACCUGAUAUCUGUAAAAACUUUCCCAGUUCUUUUGAAUAUUGCAUAAGUAAACUUCCUCGUAACCCAUAUCGAGAAGAAGUAAUAGGAGAAACCAGGCAAAAAUAUUCAUACCUGAAAGAUGGAGAUGUUCUCAAGACCGAGGGAGCUACUCUUAGAGUAUUAUAUACACCUGGACAUACAGAUGAUCACAUGGCUUUACAUCUUGUAGAAGAAAAUGCUGUAUUUUCUGGUGACUGUGUUUUAGGAGAAGGAACAGCAGUGUUUGAAGACCUUUAUGAUUAUUUGAAAUCACUGGAAAAUCUACUGGCAAUGAAAACUGAUUUAAUAUAUCCUGGACAUGGUCCAGUAGUAAAUGAGGCACAAAGUAAAAUCCAAGAGUACAUUUCUCACAGAAAUGCUCGUGAAAAACAAAUCUUGAAUACCUUGCAAGAAAAUGCUGGGAAAUCUCUCACAACAGAGGAACUUGUGAAAAUUGUAUACAAGGACACACCUGAACACUUGCAUAAAGCAGCAGAAAUUAAUCUCACACAUCACUUGAAGAAAUUAGAAAAAGAAGGAAAAGCACUAUAUGAAAACUCUCCCAACCUGAAGUGGAAAAGCAGUUUAUAAAUAUGAUGCACAAGCAGUAUGGUUAUGAGGUAUAUCUGUUUCUCUAUGUUCUGUGAUCUUAAAAACUCUGAAAUCACCAAGUUGGUAUAAAGUCAUAAUAAAAUGUGCUUGAGUGCUUAA